AUGAUUCUAUUAAUAUACUUGUUCAAGUUAUUAUCGCUAUGUGAUUCGUACAAAAUCCUCGUCAUUAAUCCGAAAUUCGCCUAUAGCCACAUGAAUUUUAUGGGUAAAAUUGCCGAUACACUCGUUGAUGCUGGACAUGAAGUGGUGAGCAGUUUUGUUAUAAUAUUCUAUUAUAUGAGAGGGUCUUUCUCGAAGGAGCUUCAAGUUCACAAUGUGUACGGUAGAUGGACUGACGCUUAUUCAAGCAACGGUGAAAUAACGCCAUGUAAGGACCAGCUGAUCGCAUCUGUUGAGUCACCCUUCACACGAUGA